AUGGUUUCAUAUCAAUAUUUAAGAUUAUUUAUUUUGUCUUCUGCUGUUCUUUCCAUUCAUGCCAUAAGACACGAGUUGGAAGUCGAAAAUGCUGCGGAUGGGGGUGUAAAGGUGUUGGAUCCUGCAGACGGCGAUUUGGAGUUUGGGGGAACUAAUGAUGCUCCGGAGGAAAACCCAUUAGAAUUAGAAGAAGGGGAAGCAGAAAAACCAGAAGAAGAAGUGAAAGAAGAAGUGAAAGAAGAAGUGAAAGAAGAAGUAAAAGAAGAAGUGAAAGAAGAAAUAAAGGAUGAAGUGAAGGAGGAAGUGAAAGAAGAAAUAAAGGAUGAAGUAAAGGAGGAAGUGAAAGAAGAAAUAAAGGAUGAAGUAAAGGAGGAAGUAAAAGAAGAAGUGAAAGAAGAAGUAAAGGAGGAAGUAAAAGAAGAAGUAAAGGAGGAAGUAAAAGAAGAAGUGAAAGAAGAAGUAAAGGAGGAAGUAAAAGAAGAAGUAAAGGAAGAAGUGAAAGAAGAAGUAAAGGAAGAAGUAAAAGAAGAAGUGAAAGAAGAAGUAAAGGAGGAAGUGAAAGAAGAAGUAAAAGAAGAAGUAAAGGAGGAAGUAAAAGAAGAAGUAAAAGAAGAAGUAAAGGAGGAAGUGAAAGAAGAAGUAAAAGAAGAAGUGAAAGAAGAAGUAAAGGAGGAAGUAAAAGAAGAAAUAAAGGAUGAAGUAAAAGAAGAAGUAAAAGAAGAAGUAAAGGAGGAAGUAAAGGAGGAAGUAAAGGAGGAAGUGAAAGAAGAAAUAAAAGAAGAAGUAAAAGAAGAAAUAAAGGAGGAAGUAAAGGAGGAAGUAAAGGAGGAAGUGAAAGAAGAAAUAAAGGAUGAAGUAAAAGAAGAAGUAAAGGAGGAAGUAAAAGAAGAAGUAAAGGAGGAAGUAAAAGAAAAAGUAAAAGAAGAAGUAAAGGAAGAAGUAAAAGAAGAAGUAAAGGAAGAAGUAAAAGAAGAAGUGAAAGAAGAAGUAAAGGAGGAAGUGAAAGAAGAAGUGAAAGAAGAAGUAAAAGAAGAAGUGAAAGAAGAAGUAAAAGAAGAAGUAAAAGAAGAAGUGAAAGAAGAAGUAAAAGAAGAAGUGAAAGAGGAAGUAAAAGAAGAAAUAAAAGAAGAAGUAAAAGAAGAAGUAAAGGAUGAAAUAAAAGAAGAAGUAAAGGAGGAAGUAAAAGAAGAAGUUAAAGAUAUGAAGAAAGAAGUAAAAACGGCAUUUAUAGGAAAAUGGAAUAAUUGGAAAAAAAAUAUGAAACCAGUAAAGGGGAAUAUGAAGACAGAAGUGAAAGAAGAAGUAAAAGAAGAAAUAAAAGAAGAAGUGAAAGAAGAAGUGAAAGAAGAAGUGAAAGAAGAAAUAAAGGAUGAAGUAAAAGAAGAAGUAAAGGAGGAAGUAAAAGAAGAAGUUAAAGAUGUGAAGAAAGAAGUAAAAACAGCAUUUAUAGGAAAAUGGAAUAAUUGGAAAAAAAAUAUGAAACCAGUAAAGGGGAAUAUGAAGACAGAAAUGAAAGAAGAAAUAAAAGAAGAAGUAAAGGAGGAAGUGAAACAAGAAAUAAAGGAUGAAGUAGAAGAAGAAGUAGAAGAAGAAGUAGAAGAAGAAGUGAAAGAAGAAAUAAAAGAAGAAGUAAAAGAUGAAAUAAAGGAUGAAAUAAAAGAAGAAGUAAAGGAGGAAGUAAAAGAAGAAGUUAAGGAUAUGAAGAAAGAAGUAAAAACAGCAUUUAUAGGAAAAUGGAAUAAUUGGAAAAAAAAUAUGAAACCAGUAAAGGGGAAUAUGAAGACAGAAGUGAAAGAAGAAAUAAAAGAAGAAGUAAAGGAGGAAGUGAAACAAGAAAUAAAGGAUGAAGUAGAAGAAGAAGUAGAAGAAGAAGUAGAAGAAGAAGUGAAAGAAGAAAUAAAAGAAGAAGUAAAAGAAGAAAUAAAGGAAGAAGUAAAAGAAGAAGUAAAGGAUGAAAUAAAAGAAGAAGUAAAGGAGGAAGUAAAAGAAGAAGUUAAAGAUAUGAAGAAGGAAGUAAAAACGGCAUUUAUAGGAAAAUGGAAUAAUUGGAAAAAAAAUAUGAAACCAGUAAAGGGGAACAUGAAGACAGAAGUAAAAGAAGAAAUAAAAGAAGAAGUAAAGGAGGAAGUAAAGGAGGAAGUAAAAGAAAAAGUGAAAGAAGAAGUAAAGGAGGAAGUAAAAGAAGAAGUAAAAGAAGAAGUAAAAGAAGAAGUAAAGGAGGAAGUAAAAGAAGAAGUGAAAGAAGAAGUGAAGGAGGAAGUAAAAGAAGAAGUAAAAGAAGAAGUAAAGGAGGAAGUAAAAGAAGAAAUAAAGGAUGAAGUAAAAGAAGAAGUAAAGGAGGAAGUAAAGGAGGAAGUAAAAGAAGAAGUAAAGGAAGAAGUAAAAGAAGAAGUAAAGGAAGAAGUAAAAGAAGAAGUGAAAGAAGAAGUAAAGGAGGAAGUGAAAGAAGAAGUGAAAGAAGAAGUAAAAGAAGAAGUGAAAGAAGAAAUAAAAGAAGAAGUGAAAGAAGAAGUGAAACAAGAAAUAAAGGAUGAAGUAGAAGAAGAAGUAGAAGAAGAAGUAGAAGAAGAAGUGAAAGAAGAAAUAAAAGAAGAAGUAAAAGAAGAAAUAAAGGAAGAAGUAAAAGAAGAAGUAAAGGAUGAAAUAAAAGAAGAAGUAAAGGAGGAAGUAAAAGAAGAAGUUAAAGAUAUGAAGAAAGAAGUAAAAACGGCAUUUAUAGGAAAAUGGAAUAAUUGGAAAAAAAAUAUGAAACCAGUAAAGGGGAAUAUGAAGACAGAAGUGAAAGAAGAAGUAAAAGAAGAAGUAAAGGAGGAAGUGAAACAAGAAAUAAAGGAUGAAGUAGAAGAAGAAGUAAAAGAAGAAGUGAAAGAGGAAGUAAAAGAAGAAAUAAAAGAAGAAGUAAAGGAGGAAGUAAAAGAAGAAAUAAAGGAGGAAGUAAAAGAAGAAGUGAAAGAAGAAGUAAAGGAGGAAGUAAAAGAAGAAGUUAAGGAUAUGAAGAAAGAAGUAAAAACAGCAUUUAUAGGAAAAUGGAAUAAUUGGAAAAAAAAUAUGAAACCAGUAAAGGGGAAUAUGAAGACAGAAGUGAAAGAAGAGGUAAAAGAAGAAAUAAAAGAAGAAGUAAAAGAAGAAGUAAAGGAAGAAGUAAAAGAAGAAGUAAAAGAAGAAGUGAAAGGAGAAGUGAAGGAAGAAGCUCCAGGGUGUUCAAUGGAUGCUGAAAAUUAUUCAAGGGGGCCAUUACCAAUAGGAAAGGACCCAUUCGAUGGAAACCUUGAACAGGAUUGGCAUGGAUUGAAAGAUAAGUUAUAUCAGGAAAGAGAGAGAUGGAUGAAAGAAAAUAAUGAAGAAUGGGAGAAGUGGAUGUGCUCAUUAGAAAAUAGAUGGACAGAACAUAAUAAAGACCCAACAAAAACGGAAUGCGCCUCAGGAAAAAAGGAAGACAGCCCAUUAUUAAGGAAACAGGAUGGUAAGGACAGUAAAUGGAAAAAAUGGUUUAACUCGAAAGCAAAAUCCACGAGUGAUUCACAUUUGAAAGGUUCUUCAAAGGGCACAAAUUCCAAGUAG